CAAGUCUCAACCAGUUUCCAUCAUCCAAACCAAGUAAGAAAUCCCAGACACUUUAAAUCAAUUGAUUUCAGUUUAUCAUUUCCGGCCAGGAGAAGAAACCAACAUCAACAUGGGAUCCAACAUGUUUAAUUUUGCAAAUGUUGAUAGAUCAUCAGACUCAACCAACAUCAUCACCUUCCAUUCCACUGCUAAAUGGAAUGCUCAUUUUGAUGCCUUCAAACAAACUGACAAGCUGAUGGUGAUUGAUUUCACAGCUAAAUGGUGUGGACCCUGCAAACUCAUGGACCCAGUUAUCCAAGACUUUGCAGCAAAAUACACAGAUGUUGAGUUCAUCAAGAUUGAUGUGGAGGAGUUAUUCGAAGUGUCUCAAAGAUUCCAAGUGCAGGCACUGCCAGCUUUCAUACUCAUUAAGAAAGGACAAGUUGUUGAUAAAGUGGUGGGGGUAAGAAAGGAGGAGCUGAAAAGGAUGAUUGAAAAUCACAGAAAGUUAACUUGUAAUCAUGAUGCAGUGAUCAAAUCAGAAAGGGUCUGCAGCAGAACAUUCUACCCUGACCAUUACAACGGAACAAGAAAAUACCUACAACUCAGAUUUCAAUAAGUUGGUGUACAGAUAGACCAUGUUGCGUGUGCUCGUGUUUAACCAUUUAUGGGGUCAUACAAGGGCCUCAAUUUACUAACAAUAAUAAUAUUGGAUUCUUUAAUGCAAUUGGACUCUGCUAAUCAAAAUCUCCAGCAACUUGCAGUAUCAUUAUAGACCAACUAGCAUAUUUCUCUCUUACAAGAAAAAUAAACUGAAAGAGGAAUAGACAAUUGGACAUUGAUACACUUCAGUUCUAAAUUACAAGCACCUCAUAUUAAACAAGACACCUCAAUUUAACUGAAACCAGUCAAUCAACAGGCAAUCUUAGUUCCUUUCUUUUCUUUUCCUUUUUCCUCUCUUAGAGACAGUGGAGUCAAGUUACAGAAAAUGUAAAAUAUCAGCAUCA